UUGACAUCUGUAUGAUCACGAAAUAUCUUAACCCGUUGCUGAAUAACUGACAAUAAAGUUUUGCAUGUCCCCUAACGGAAUAGGGGUCGCAACGUUGCUGAAUCACGACCACCACGGCGGAAAAUGCGGCUAGGAACUACUCAACAGCGCGACUCAGCAACUUGGGGAAGGAAGUCUAUGAAGGACUACCACUGGACAUGUUUCCGCCAAUAACAAACCAGCUAGCUUGUAACAGGCUAAAUGUAUUGUUUGCGCUAGCAUUCAAAGUCUAUUCCAAAUAUCUAAAAUAGUAAGGUAAUGGUCAUUCUGAAGUGGGUUUAAUAGAACAUAUCACACAAAUGCCACAAUGGAUCAGCACACACUGCAGAUUUGCAAAAGGAAGAUGUUCUCAGUGGCUCACAAGACAGUCUUUGUGGUGGACCAUUGUCCCUACAUGGCAGAGUCAAGUCGUCAGCAGGUGGAGUGUGAUGUGCUGACAAAGAGUCGAGGUCAAGGGGUUAUUCCGCUGGCCCCUGUGUCCAAGUCCCUGUGGACCUGUGCUGUGGAGUGCUCUAUGGAGUACUGUCGGAUCCUCUAUGAUAUUUAUCCAAGGGACAAAUUGGUUAAUUACAUUGUGAGUGAUUCAGAGUUCCACAUCUUGAAUAGCUGGAGGCGGGAAGACCAGAGCACUCAUGAGCUCAUGUCAGCUCUGGCAGCUGUAGGGCCACCCAACCCACGUGAGGACCCCGAGUGUUGCAGCAUCCUGCAUGGGCUGGUUGCUGCGGUGGAGUCGUUGUGCAAGAUCACAGAGUUGCAGCACGAGAGACGCACCGCUCUGAUGGACACCGCUGAAAGAGUUGCCAAUAGGGGUCGUAUUAUCUGCCUAACCAAUGCUAAAAGUGAUACUCAUGUGCGCAUGUUGGAAGACUGCAUCCAGGAAACUAUUUUGGAACAAAACAAGCUGGCAGCAGGUUCAGACAGGCUGAUGGCCAUCCAGCAGUGUGAUCUGGUUCUAAUUCACAUCCACCCACAGGGCGAGGACACGCUGGUGUCUGAUCGACCGAAGAAAGAGAUCUCCCCUCUGCUCACCAGUGAGGUUCACAGUGUUCGUGCAGGGCGGCACCUGGCCACCAAACUCAACAUUCUGGUCCAGCAACACUUUGACUUGGCCUCCACCACCAUAACAAACAUCCCCAUGAAGGAAGAGCAGCACGCCAACACAUCAGCCAAUUACGACGUUGAGCUCCUCCAUCACAAAGACGCUCACCUGGAGUUCUUUAAAAGCGGAGACUUGCAUAUGGCUGGCACCAGCACUCGAGAAAAUGGACUCAAAGAGACGAUUACGCUGAAAUGGUGCACUCCACGAACCAACAGCAUAGAGCUGCAUUACUGUACAGGAGCCUAUCGUAUCUCCCCCACAGACGUAAACAGUCGCCCCUCGUCAUGUUUGACGAACUUUCUCCUUAACGGUCGAUCGGUGCUGCUGGAGCAGCCGAGGAAGUCGGGGUCAAAGGUCAUCAGCCACAUGCUCAGUAGCCACGGAGGCGAGAUCUUUCUGCACGUGCUCAACAGCAACCGCUCCACCCUGGAGGACCCGCCCUCCAUCAGCGAGGGCUGUGGAGGCCGCGUGACAGACUACCGCAUCACUGACUUUGGUGAAUUUAUGAGGGAGAACCGUCUCACUCCAGUUUCAGAGUCUUCCCACGAUCCCUCAGGGAAGCUACCAGCUGAGAGGGCCAAAGCUCAGCUGGAACGUCACACUCGAUACUGGCCAAUGAUUAUCUCCCAGACCACCAUCUUCAAUAUGCAGGCAGUGGUGCCUUUAGCUAAUCUGAUAGUGAAAGAGUCUUUGUCUGAGGAGGACGUUCUGACCUGCCAGAAGACGGUUUACAACCUUGUAGACAUGGAGAGGAAGAAUGACCCUCUCCCUAUUUCCACCGUGGGAUCCAGAGGCAAAGGCCCCAAGAGAGAUGAACAGUAUCGUAUAAUGUGGAACGAGCUGGAAACAUUAGUGAAAACUCACGCUGGCGACACGGACAGACACCAGCGGGUACUGGACUGCAUCAUUGCCUGCCGCAGCAAACCUCCCGAGGAGGAGGAGAGGAAGAAGAGGGGGAGGAAGAGGGAGGAGAAGGAAGACAGGACGGAGAAAAAUGGCAGCAAGGACACAGAUGACAAAAGCUGGCAGGACUCAGAGAGACUAAAGGGUUUGCCGGAUAAAGAAGAUCAGGAGUCGGAGGUGAUCAAGGAUUCCCCGGACUCUCCAGAGCCGGCUAACAAGAAGCCGCGCCUGUCCACAGAGGAGGUUCAGCCCCCAGAUAGAGCAAAAGGUCCUGUCUCACUCCUGACCAUGUGGACCAAUCGCAUCACUGCAGCCAAUUCCAGAAAGCACCAAGAGUUCGUUGGAAGAGUGAGCUCCGUCAACAACAAGUUUGAGUUGUACCAGCAGCUCAAAGACGAGAAUGGAAUGGAUGUUCAUGAAAACGGCAAGGCCUCCAGAUGAUGUUUCUACAGAUACAUUGCUUCACCCCUGCCAAGGAUGAGAUUGUGGACCAGUGUUUUUCAGUCAGAUCAUAUUCUCCCAAUAAAAGGACAUCAAAUGAAAUUGACCAUGAACUCUAGCGAGGAAUUUAUAAACAUUUUUACCAAUGAUUUUGUAGAUAUACUGUUCACAUAUUGUGUAACACAAUAAAAGCUGUCAAUAGAAAA